CGCGUCAACUGCAGGGGGCCCGCCCAUAGCCAGUUCCGGAGCAGUUGCUCCGAUCGCCCUGGACUCCCCGCCCCCUCCUGCGGCCCGGGGCCUGUAGGAGGCCGCAGAGAGGAGGUAGGAGAGGCGGGGGUUGUGUUAGGGGCUCCCUAGAGGACAAGGACCCUGGAGGCGGGAUCUUGGGGCGACACACAGGUGGAGCCAGCCAUUAAGCAGUCCCACUUCUGUGCCAGGCACUGAGCUGGGCACUUGACGAGCAUCACUUCUUAAUCCUCAGAACAUUCCAGGGAGGGUCCCAUCUCCUGGGCCAUGAGUGAACUGAAGGACUGCCCAUUGCAGUUUCAUGACUUCAAAUCUGUGGACCACAUGAAGGUCUGUCCCCGGUACACAGCAGUGCUGGCCCGCUCCGAGGACGAUGGCAUUGGCAUCGAGGAGCUGGACACCCUGCAGCUGGAGCUUGAGACCCUGCUGUCCUCUGCAAGCAGGCGACUGCGUGUACUGGAAGCUGAAACGCAGAUCCUUACUGACUGGCAGGAUAAGAAAGGUGACAGGCGAAUUCUGAAGCUUGCUCGAGACCAUGAGCUUGGUGCCCCUCCAAAACAUGGGAAGCCCAAGAAGCAGAAACUGGAAGGGAAGACAGGACAUGGGCCAGGCCCUGGCCCAGGACGACCCAAAUCCAAAAAUGUUCAACCCAAGAUCCAAGAAUAUGAAUUUACUGAUGACCCAAUCGAUGUGCCUCGGAUCCCCAAGAACGAUGCUCCCAACAGGUUCUGGGCCUCUGUGGAGCCCUAUUGUGCUGACAUCACCAGUGAGGAGGUACGAACACUAGAGGAGCUCCUGAAGCCCCCUGAAGAUGAAGCUGAACAUUAUAAGAUUCCCCCACUAGGGAAACACUACUCCCAACGCUGGGCCCAGGAGGAUCUGCUAGAGGAGCAGAAGGAUGGGGCUCGAGCAGCAGCUGUGGCUGACAAGAAGAAAGGCCUCAUAGGACCGCUGACAGAACUGGACACAAAAGAUGUGGAUGCCCUGCUGAAGAAGUCUGAGGCCCAGCAUGAACAGCCAGAAGACGGGUGUCCCUUUGGUGCCCUGACACAGCGCCUGCUGCAGGCCCUAGUGGAGGAAAAUAUUAUUUCCCCUAUGGAGGACUCUCCGAUACCUGACAUGUCUGGGAAAGAAUCAGGGGCUGAUGGAGCAAGCACCUCCCCCCGCAAUCAGAACAAACCUUUCAGUGUGCCACAUACCAAGUCCUUGGAGAGCCGCAUCAAGGAGGAGCUGAUUGCCCAGGGCCUACUGGAGUCCGAGGACCGGCCUGCUGAGGACUCAGAGGAUGAGGUCCUCGCUGAGCUGCGCAAACGGCAGGCUGAGCUGAAGGCGCUCAGUGCACACAACCGCACCAAGAAGCAUGACCUGCUGAGGUUGGCAAAGGAGGAGGUGAGCCGGCAGGAGCUGAGACAGCGGGUCCGCAUGGCAGACAAUGAGGUCAUGGAUGCCUUCCGCAAGAUCAUGGCUGCACGGCAGAAGAAGCGUACCCCCACAAAGAAGGAAAAGGACCAGGCCUGGAAGACCCUGAAGGAGCGGGAGAGCAUCCUGAAGCUCCUAGACGGGUAGCCUUACCUGCUGCUGGCCAUCUCCCUGGCCUGGCAGAAGUCUACUUCCUCUGAAGCCUUGACCAGAGGCUGCCUAUCAAAUGACAACAGUCUCAGGGCUGAAACACUCUCAGGCCACUCAGCCGAGCUUUGUGCAGCCAGUGUGCAAGGCCUUACUGCGCUUGCCUGGACCUAGCAUCUGCCUGAUGCCCCAGAUGAGCAGGCUUGUUCCUCGUCCCCUUUCCCUCAUACCAUCUCCACACCUCUCCCUCAAGGACUUCUUCCUUGAGGUUUUGUAAAGUACAAACUUAAGAAUAAAGUGAUUGCUGUGUUUUGGUUUUUUUAAAGAAAAGUUAUAAAAAACCA